AUGAAUAGAAGUGCACAUCAUUCCGACAGCUUUGCUAGCAUUACCUCGCUAGUUAAUCGCGUUCGUGCAGCGUUUAUACUAUGCACAAUAGCGAACCGCUGCUUGACGAUUAUCUGCCUGCUGCUACCGUUGGUCGCCCCAUCACAAAGCGAUGAGUGUGUCAGCAUGAAACGUGAUCGGCACCGAACGCUCAUGGAGGAGUACCGCCAUUCGCCGAACUGGGACGGUUACCUGACGGAGGACACGCUCAACCUUCGCAACAACGAAACGGAGGUGGAUCUCUCGAGGCAAGGCUUCAAGGAGGUUCACUGGCAUCUGAGCAGCUUCGUCGGCGAAGGGUACGAGAUAUUUGAGCUUAAUCUGGCGUACAACAAUUUCGAAGAUCUGAACGAGUUGACCUUCCUAAAGUUCUACUCGCUGGAAACGCUCAACCUGUCCAACAAUCGGCUCCAUUCGAUCAACAACCUUACCUUUGGUUCGUUGAUACGUUUGGUCGAGCUGGACCUUUCCUUCAACCUGAUCCACACCCUCGAACGGCAAGCGUUCGAUCGUCUGUACGCGCUCGAGUCGUUGAGCCUGCGGGAAAACUGCCUGAUCACGCUGGCCCCCAACCAAUUCCACUUCAACGAUCAUCUGUCAUCGGUGCUGCUGGAUCACAAUCAGCUGGCCUUUUUGCCAACCGUGCUGUUCGACCCGAUCACGAUGGUGGACGAAAUCUACGAGCUAGACCUGUCCGACAACAACUUCCGCCGGAUGCCGUACAUUGAGACGAAGGAGAUUGCACUGCUGAAGAUCGACAACAAUCACAUCGAGACGCUCACGGUGAACAAAUCGUUCAAUGUGCGUGCACUGCAAAUACAGCACAACAACAUAUACGACGCCGAUCUGUUCAAAUUUAACCGGGCCGAACACAUUGAUCUUUCGCACAACAAUCUUGACAACAUUGUCGGUCUGCAUGAGAUGAACCAACUCGAGUAUCUGGACCUUUCCUCUAACAACGUUUCCAAGUUCGAUUACAACCUCAAGUACUCGAUCCGAAACAUUCCGAGCCUGGUAACGUUGCGGCUGCAAAACUGCAGCCUCAGCGAGCACAACAUCCAGGGUCUGCUAGCAUCGGAAUCGAUCCUGAAUCUUGACCUUUCGCAGAACAACUUUGUAAGCCUGAAUGUGAGUGAUUUGUCGCGGAUGCGUUCGCUGCAGUAUCUGAGCCUUAACUUCAACUAUCUCCGGGAGCUGAUCAAUUACGAGCGGUUGGGCCAAGAGUUCCCAUACCUCGAGCUCGUCUCGCUGUCGUUCAAUCGCUGGAACUGCAGCUACUACGAUCAGCUGAACGCGUACCUUAACCGCACGCACAUCCGCUCGACGAGUGAUCCGCGUGAUUGCUACAUCAACGGUACGCACGUGACCGACUCCUACGUUACGGAUGCGUUCGAGCCGCAGUACACGAUGAACCACAUCAAGCGGGACAUGACGGUACUGCGCAAUCUCGGCCGCAAUACUAUCUACUUCAUGUACGCGCUGUACUCCACCAUCCGCGGGCAGGGCAAUCAGACGGUUCUGCACCAGCAGCAGCAGGAUGAGGAACUGCACAAUCUAGAGCGAGACGUGGACCGAUUGCUCGGGAUGCUAGCGUUUCUGGUAUCGAUCUUUGCUUGCGUACUGUGUGUGGCCGUAGCAUACGGGGGUUGGCGAUUGUUCCGCAAGUGGCAACACGAUCGGGCAGUUAAGGUGGUGACGUACAACAAGCGUGCGAACGAGUUCAGCAAUGGCGUCACGGUUAGUGAUGUGAUUCGGGACAAUUCGGCGGCGUAG